CUUUCUCCUCACAACACUACACUCACAAGUAGCACCACCCUCAAUACCCACCCCCUCACGUAAGCUCCCACUUCACAACCCUAAAAUGAAGACACACCAAUCUCUCUUCUCAGUCUCUAUUUUACUAGUUCUAGCGCUUGUCUUCUUCCACACCAUUUCAGCCCAACUCUCGCCGGUUCAAGCCCCAGUUUCAUCAACCCCAUCUCCACCGCAACCAUCACCACCAGCAUUCACACCACCCUCUCCACCAGCCACUGCUCCAGCCCCUGGAUUCAACACCGUACCCUUAGUCCCCGUGACGCCAAGUGGAGCCCCCACUCCCACUGUCCCCAAAGCACCCUCCAUUGACAUAGUCCAAAUCCUCAGAAAAGCCAAGCGAUUCUCCGUCCUCAUUAGGCUCCUCAAAACCACCCAACUCAUCAACCAGCUCAACUCACAGCUUCUAACCUCAGGCUCAGGAGGCUUAACUCUCUUCGCCCCAGAAGACAGUGCCUUCUCAAAACUCAAAGCUGGUUUCCUCAACUCUCUCAGCGACAGACAAAAAGUAGAACUCUUGCAAUUCCACACGCUCUCUUCCUUCAUUUCGAUCUCAAACUUCGACACCCUCACCAACCCCGUUCAGACUCAGGCCGGCGACGACCCCAAACGGUUGCAGCUCAACGUCACCACCUUCGGAGGUAACCAGGUCAGCAUGGCCACCGGCGCCGUCAACGCCUCCGUUACUGGAACUGUUUACACGGACAACAAGCUUGCCAUAUACCAGGUCGACAAGGUGCUUCUCCCUCUCGACCUCGUGCUUCCCAGUGAGGCUCCGGCGCCGGCGCCGUCCAAGGCUAAAGGAGCAUCGCCGAAGACUGAUAAAACGAAGGCCGGUGAUGGUGCUGGCGGUGACGAUAGUGAUAAUGGUGACAACAAGGACUUGCCCGCUGAAGCUUCUUCUGCCGUUUGCAUGAGUUUGAAGUUUGGUGCGAAGGGAAUAUUUGUGGCUAUUGUUGCUGGGAUUGCUUUGAUGGGUGAAGCCAUGAUGUGAUGUGGAGAGGGUGAGAAGGGUGAGUGCUUCAGUUGUGCUGUUUUGAGUUUUGUGAGUGAUUGAUCUUCUUCUUUAAUUGUUUGCAUGUAGCAUUGGAUUUAAACGCAUACACGCUCAAUUUCUUUUCCCA